UUUUAUUUCAGAUAAAAAUGAUUCAACUGGUUAAAUAAUAAAUGUGUGUACAGCAUUAUACCAUUUCCCAGAUCGCAUAGUUACGAUAACCAUGGAUAAAGAAGAGAAGAUAUCUGGUAGGUGUAAACCUGAAUGAAGCAGAUAUAAUGGAAGGAUGAUUAGGAUCUAAGUUUACUCCCACACAGUUGAAGUAUCUGCAAUAAUCCUUUGUCCGUGAGUCAUUUAUAUGAAAUCAAUUCCAGGUUCUCUAAACAAAGGAAGGUUCCCUUGUAUUCAGACAAUAUAGCGCCAGUGAUUGUCAAAGAUCAGGGAUUUAAGAGUACUCCCACACUAUUCCAAUAUUUGUAGAAACCAGUCAUUCUUUAGAGGAACCCUUGAAAACCAGUCAGCUGUAGAGUUUGGAAUAGAAUAUAGAAAUAUUAAUAGUAGAUACAUGACUUGGUAAAAAUUAAGCUAAAAUUUUAAAUAAUUUUAAGUACCCUGAAAAGCUUAACAACUUACAAACAGUUCAGUGGAAUCAAUGGGAGUUGUUCCAUAAAUAAACUUAAGACUGAUAAGGAAAUUAUAACAUUUGUAACAGUGAGUUUAAAUGUAUAACAUUUGUAACAGUGAGUUUAAAUGCUUACAAGGUACGUUGACUGUAAAAAUGUAAUAAUUUAAUAUUUUCAGAAAAUGAGUAAACCCUGUAAAUUUUACAUACAGGGUUACUGUAGAAAUGGAGGAGGAUGUACAUUCUUACAUACACAAGUAACACAUGAACGGCAUGGAAACAUAUUGAAAACAUAUGCAGCUGAGACUAAGAGUGGAGAAAUAAAUCAUGUUGGACAUAUGAUGUCCUCCAGAUUGGAUGUAGAGAAGGAAAGGAGAAACAAAUAUUCAUCCUCUGAGGAGGGAUCAGAAGACGAAACCACAGGAAAAACGAAGGUUGGAAUUAUCUCUUGCAUCUGCCUGUAUCAAACCUGGGACCCAGAGAUGGUUAAAUGUUUAUCCUGUGGAAACUAUUCACACAGCAUUUGCUAUGGUGUAAACUUAGAAGCAAAACACACAUGUAUACAUUGUGCAGUAGACUGUGGAAAUAUUUGCGGAAAUGUUGUUAUUGAUGAACAUUUUAAAAAAGAAAAAAGAUCAUACAAAGAUAAACAGGAGUUUGUGUUUAAACUGAAUAAGAGGAGAGUUCUUAAAUCUAUCCUCAAACAAGAGUUUAGAACUUGCCAGCCUGGAGAAAAUCCCACAAUAGAAUUCCUAAAGAUCCGCUUUGGCUUCUCUGGUUCUUAUGCAUCAAAAAUUACACUAGAUCUGGUAAACAAUGGUUAUAUCAAGUUCUUUGGUGGCUUUUCUUUUGAUGCAUCAAAAAUACUGCAAGAACUGGGAUAUGGAGAGGAAGAAAGAUCACCAGGGGCUGAUCAGAUUGACAGAGAAACUGAAAUUGGUGCUUGUUGCAGAAAACGUCAAGUUGAUGUAGAAAAAAUAGGGAAGAUUCCCAAAACAGUUGGAAAGGAAAAAUAUGAAGAGAAAGAGUGCAAGACAGAAAAAAGUGCAAGUUCAAAAAUAAGAAAAAAAGGUUUAGGUAAAUAUAAACCUAAAGGAAACCGAGAUAAUGGAAGAAUGGUAACUUCUCUUCUCCCUCUGAUGAGUGUACUAACCCUAGCAAGGGUUCCUGCACUGGACAACAUGUGUACUGACAUAAUCAGGCAUAUUCUUCAGUUCCUGGAUUACAGAAGUAAAAAGAUGCUGAGGGGAGUGUCCUCUGCUCUCAAGAACAGGGUUGAAGGAUGUGGGGAUAAACUAGUUCAUUACUGGAGGUUUAAUACAGAGUUUACAAGAGCUCAACUCAUCAAGUUUGCUGAUGAAGUUGAAACAGUAUUAGGUUUUGAAGCAGAAGAUGCUAGAGAUGAUGGCGUUGAGUAUCUUGUGAAGAAACAUCCUGAAAUUCUCAUGUUUCAACUUGGAAAAGAAAAUUACUGGGAGUGGGAAACAAGUGAAUUUACAUCAACUGGAUUAAAUAAAAUAUUCUCCCUUCCAUCCUUGUCUACCUUGAUUAUAGUAAGAAGCAUUGAAUUUAUUUCUGGAAUAAAUGUGAACAUAGUUUCAAAACAACUCCAAACUCUACAACUGAUUUGUGUUGAUGAUGAUAGAAGUCUAAAUAAUUACUGGUUUCUACAAAUAUUGGAACAGUGUGGGAGUACUCUAAAAUCUUUGACCUUGAGGAAUUCGAUUAUUACUGGUGAAAUAUUCAUUAAAUACAAGGGAACCCUGCCUUGUUUAGAGAACCUGAACAUGAGUUACUGUAAACAACUCACAAACAAGGGACUGCUGCAGAUACUUCAGCUUUGUGGAAGUACACUAAGAUCCCUGGAUAUAUCAAAUACAAAUAUAACUGGAGAGAAUCUGUCUGAGUACAAGGGAACCCUGCCUUGUUUAGAGAACCUGAACAUGAGUGAGUGUUAUCAUUUCACAAACAAAGGAGUGCUGCAGAUACUUCAGCUUUGUGGAAGUACACUUAGAUCCCUGGAUAUAUCAGUAACAAAAGUAACUGGAGAGAAUCUGUCUGAAUACAAGGGAACCCUGCCUUGUUUAGAGAACCUGAACAUGAGUUACUGUAAACAACUCACAAACAAGGGACUGCUGCAGAUACUUCAGCUUUGUGGAAGUACACUAAGAUCCCUGGAUAUAUCAAAUACAAAUAUAACUGGAGAGAAUCUGUCUGAGUACAAGGGAACCCUGCCUUGUUUAGAGAACCUGAACAUGAGUGAGUGUUAUCAUUUCACAAACAAAGGAGUGCUGCAGAUACUUCAGCUUUGUGGAAGUACACUUAGAUCCCUGGAUAUAUCAGUAACAAAAGUAACUGGAGAGAAUCUGUCUGAAUACAAGGUAAUCCUGCCUUGUUUAGAGAACCUGAUCAUGAGUAGCUGUGAAAAAUUCACAAAUAAGGGACUGCUGCAGAUACUACAGCUUUGUGGAAGUACACUUAGAUCCCUGGAUAUAUCAUAUACAGAAAUAACUGGAGAAAAUCUGUCUGAAUACAAGGGAACCCUGCCUUGUUUAGAGAACCUAGACAUGCAAUUCUGUGAUCAACUCAUAAACAAAGGGCUGCUGCAGAUACUACAGCUUUGUGGAAGUACACUUAGAUCCCUGGAUAUAUCAGAAACAAAAAUAACUGGAGAGAAUCUGUCUGAAUACAAGAGAACCCUGCCUUUUUUAGAGAACCUGAACAUGAGAGACUGUGAACAACUUACAAACAAGGGACUGCUGCAGAUACUACAGCUUUGUGGAAGUACACUAAGAUCCCUGGAUAUAUCAAAAAGAAAUAUAACUGGAGAGAAUCUGUCUGAAUACAAGGGAACCCUGCCUUGUUUAGAGAACCUGAACAUGAGUGACUUUAAACAGCUCACAAACAAAGAACUGCUGGAGAUACUUCAGCUUUGUGGAAGUACACUAAGAUCCCUGGAUAUAUCAAAUACAAAUAUAACUGGAGAGAAUCUGUCUGAAUACAAGGGAACCCUGCCUUGUUUAGAGAACCUGAACAUGAGAUACUGUAAACAACUCACAUACAAAGGACUACUGCAGAUACUACAGCUUUGUCGAAGUACACUUAGAUUCCUGGAUAUAUCAGGAACAAAUGUUGCUGGAGAGAAUUUGUCUGAAUACAAGGGAACCUUUACAUUGAAAACGUUUUCAUAUUAGAUUAACACAAAAAAUAAAUGCUUUGUAAAUUUUUUAAACUAUAAUUUUAUUUAAAACAAACGAUUUUUUAUUUCAGA